AUGAGAUUUUCAAUAGAAAAAAAAAUAGCAAAGCCAAGAAAAUAAGAAUCUUCAUGAGUAUCAUACUUUCUAAGUUACACGUGUCAUCUCUUGUUGUAAAUUGAAAUUGCUAAACCCAUCAUCAUACCUGCCCAGAAAGCGGCAGCAGUUGUAAAAGCUUCAAACAGCCGGAAAAAAUGGCUGCCGCCAAAGGAGUGUGCUUGAACCAUAUCGCCAGAGAGUCUGCCGACAUCAAACGCCUGGCGUCCUUUUACCAAGAGAUACUAGGGUUUGAGCAGAUAGAGAGUCCUAAAUUCGACCAAUUUGAGGUAAUAUGGCUUAGGAGCAGUCUUCCUCCUUAUUUCUCUCUUCAUCUGAUUCAGAGGAAUCCGUCUACCAACCUCCCUGAAGGUCCUUUUAGUGCUGCUUCUCCUAUCAAAGACCCCAGUCACCUUCCUAGAGGCCACCAUGUCUCUUUCUCUGUCUCUAAUUUCGAUGAAUUUGUUCAAUUUCUCAAGGAGAAGGGAAUUGAGACAUGUGAAAAGACUCAACCUGACGGAAAGACGAAGCAAGUAUUUUUCUUUGAUCCAGAUGGCAAUGGCUUAGAAGUUGGGAGCUGGGGAACUCCAUCUCAGUAAACGACUCCUUUACUAUGUACAUGUGCGGUUAUACUUCUACCUCUAUGCUGUUCAAUAAGAUUUGUAUUAUGGGCAACGAUACACGUAAUGACGGUCUUGAUCAUGUAAACAAGCUUAAUGGGAUGUGUAAAAAACCGAAUUGGCUUGACUCAAGAUAUUAUAUUUAGAACCCCCAACUUCUGUAUAGAUGCUCCUUUAGACUUGUAACUUGUUAUCGAAAUGGAAGCCGUUUGCUAUGAAA